AUGCCCUACAAGACUGCCGCUUUCGCCUGCGCUCUUAAAAUUCGCAAUCGGUUGGAUGAUGUCACUUGCGGUCAGCGAUUAUCCGAGGAGCGGGGCGGGAGUUUAAAAAUAAGCCAUACCGAAUGGGUUAUGGAUCUUGACAUAGAUCUCACAGAAAUGCGGUGCAUCUAUGACGGUAUCGAUGUUUAG